AUGAAAUCAUUCUUUCUUCACAAGCAUCGUAGAAAGGUGAUUGCAGUCAUCAUCAGCAGCGUCAUUAUCACAUUCAUAUGUAGACACGUCUAUCUCUCCAAUGCAGCAGCAGCGUCCAAUGCCCUGCAAGAUCUUGAUUUGAUGAGCAAGUUUUGUAAUCAGCGAGAAAACUGGAAACCAUAUCAGCCUCUGCAGUUGGACUCUCGGAAGCAACCACAAUGGGUGCCUAGCAAUGCUGCCGUCGAUAGUAUUUACAUGACCGAGAGAGAUCAUGCCAGCCAUUUAUACAGGGACUCGGUUCAACCUGAUCUCUUUAUGGACGACGAUGUGUGGGAUGGGUUACCGGUGAAGGGAGCAUUCUAUAUGAUUGUAAAGAACGAGGAAUUACAAUCAGCACGAUCUGCAAUACGUAGCAUAGAGGACAGAUUCAAUGCCCACAAUAAUGUCAGCUAUCCUUGGGUUCUCUUGAACAGCCAGCAGUAUACACAUGACUUUAAAAAAUACAUUCGUAAAGUAGCUAGCGGGAAAGUGUACUUUGGCCAGAUUGAUUUGAAGGCAUUUACCUACCCAGAGUGGAUUGAUGUCAAACGAACAGAAAAUGCAAUAAGACGCAUGAUUUCUUUGCGCGUCCAGAAAUCGCACAGCCUCUAUGAGCGACAAGAAAUGAGAUACAAGGCGGGCUUAUUCCAGCACCAUUCUUUAUUCAAUACGGUCGAUUAUGCUUGGCGCGUGGAGCCUGGAUCCGAAUAUACUUGCGAUAUGUUUCAAGGGGACGAUCCAUUCCAAACAAUGAAGGCCAACAACAAAAAGAUGGGCUUUACCAUCACAAGCAAGGAAGACUCAGCAACAAGCUUUAGCUUAUGGCCUGCAACACUGCAAUUCAUUCGAAUGAAUCCUCAACUUAUCACACAAGCAGAUUCUAGCAUCAUGCCUUGGCUAUUGACAAAGGAGAGAGAAUACAACUUUUGCUACAUGUGGUCAGACUUUGAAAUUGUGGAUUUGGCAUUUUUGCGAUCACAAGAGUACACGUCCUUCUUUCACUAUCUUGAUCUGGUGGGUGGUUUCUUUUAUGAGAGGUGGGGCGAUGGGCCAGUGAGAUCGAUAGCUGCUGCCAUGUUUUUGAGAAAGGAGGAUGUUCAUUUCUUCAAUGAGGUUGGAUACAGUCGAUCGUCAAUUCAGCACUGUCCCCUUAGCAAGUCGUUGUUGGAAACAUGUUCCUGCGAUUACAUGGACAAUUACAAUUUCAAUUCAAACAGCUGUACAAUGAAUUUAUUGAAAAUAGUGUCGCCUCAAUCCAUCAAUGACAUAUAUGAGUUUGCCAAAUCCAUAAUCGGGGAGCGGCUUUGA